UCAAAACUGCAAUUGCAAGGUGUAGAACAGAGACUUACCGAUAAAAAAGAUAUGCGAGAAAUCAGUCUGUGUAGCAGUCUUGGCUGAAAGAAGGGAGUAAUACCUUUCUCUAUAACUUACUAUGGGCUUUGAAGAAUUUUAGUAAUGGUUAUGAAGAUCAUAAUAUCCCUCCCCGCACCUCUAAUUCCUGGAGAAGGUUCAUAACUGAUAGUGGAAUUUAUAGAUUAUUUUUUUUUUAAUGCAUUCAGGUCUCAGGACAAAGUUGGCUGAAACAAAAGGAUGUUCCCAGUUCCUUGUUCUUCUGUUCUCUGUUCCUUGUUCUUUUUUUUUAACAUGAGUUUUGUCAUCUGCAUAGUUUCAGUAGAUGCAUGUGUGAUGUUGAUGUGAGAGCUGCACAGCUUCUCCCCUGUCGCAGGACAGAGAGUGCAUUACCAGACUCUUACAUCUUUUUCCCUAGGUUAAUCUGUGUUCAGAUAAUUUACUGAGAAAUAUUUGGGGAAAAAAUGCCAAAUUCCUUCUUAAGUUCUAGAAUUUAAGCAGGUCUAGUAAAGCCAUUACUUUUCCUAGUGAAUUGAUUAAUUUUACUGAAAUAUAAUUACUUUCUGAAAUCUCUCGAGUUUUGGUAGAGUGUUGCUGUUUCAGUACAAGGUUUUUGCAAAGUCAGAAAAAAGAGUUGGUGUUAAAAAGCUUAAUUAUUUCUUUAACUGGCAAUGUUAGAUUACUGAAAUUGACAUUUUCGAGAUAGUUUGUAUAGGAAAUUUUAGCAGUUUCAAAAUUUAUUGAAGUGUGUGUUGUAAUGUUCCAAACAUGCGAUCUUGUGAAAGAUUGAUGGAAAAGGCCCCCCAUGUUCUUGGUGGCUCCUGGAAAGGAGCUUUUAUUUCCUAUCUGUCUUUAGGGAAAAUCCUGUAACUAUACUGUGCAGUAUACCUGUUCUCUUUUCUAUAUCCUCUUUAAUAUAAUCAAUUUUGUGUAGUAAAAACACAUGACAAUAAGUUAAUGUGUUGUUUGGAGGUCUUGUGGUGGGAAUCAGAAAAGUCAGUUUCAGUCCCUUAUGUUGUGUAGCAGCAUAAUACAUUUACCCAACUUUCAGUUUCUAUUUUGUUGAAAAAGUUCUGCACCAUUUACCUACUGCAAAGGAGUCUUGCCAACACUGACUUAUUGAGGUUCAAAAAACCUCAAACAUAAAAAUCAAGCUUUAGUAUUUCCAAAGACUUCAAAGUUUAAAAGAUAGACCCUUGUUUCACAUCAUAUGUGCAGAAAAUAUCAAAGAAGUAUAAAUGAUGCUUGUUUAAACAACUGGUUUGGUGUUGAGGUUUUUUUGUGGUUUAUUGGUGGGUUUUUUCAAGAGUAGUGCCAACACUGCUAUUUAUUUCAGAUACUUUCUGAAUGUUGUCUGAUCCUUUCUCAAACCCUUUGGAAGUUAAGAACUAUAAUUUACGUUUAGAAAGAAAAGUAGAAAGUAGGAACGGUAUUGAGGAAUGUAAGACUCGAACCAGUCAGUUUCUCAGUAAAGAUAGCAGUGUUCCGGGAAUCCUUGUCAUGCACCAAAUUUGUUAACCAUCAUAUUUGCUUGGUCAAAACUGCAGACAGCCUGAUCUGCAGGCAGUUAACAGAGCUGACCUAGCUAACGUGGAUAUGUUGUUUGAAGUUAGUGACAGUAAUUUCCUGUUUGCUGCAUUGGCAAUUUAAAUAUAUUGUUUUGAUUCCUGACUUAACAAGGGCAUGGCUGCAAAGCUGUUGUUGCAGUUGGGGGGUGUUGGUUUUUUUUAUAGAAAUUUUUUUCUUUAUGAUUGCAGCAGAAUUUGCAGUUUGAACCUUGUGAAUCCCAGAAUCCUCAAAGUCGACACAGAGGAAUGUAGUGCAAAGGCUCAGUCUACAUUUUGGUGUUUCCUGGCAUAGAUAUGAUGACUUGGGAAGGAGUUGGGAGGAGGACUAAACCCUAAAGAAACAUGCCCAUGUUAGGAGUGAUUUUCUUCAUGGAUCCAAGAGACGAAUUCCAUUCAUAAAGCCACUCUUCAGAUCAGCCCUAAGGCAUGCAGCAUCAGGUCUACACAACUAUGAAUGUCUGGCAGGUUUGAGUGCAGCAUCCUUUCAGAAUUAACUAAGCUGGUUUCUCACUGGUCUUUGGAUAGAAAGAUAUGGGACAGUCUUUUCAAAAUGACUAUUUAACUUGAAAAGCAUAGCGUGAAGGUAUUAAUACUACAGUUCACAUUUAUGUGUAUAAUGUACAAUGUAAAAAGGUCCAUUUUAUCUGGAUCCUCUUCUAGCUUCCAGGUUGAGAGCUGGUUAGGGUAUAGUCAAGUGUGGAUUGUACAAACAGCUGGAGGAAGCGGUUACACCUAUUGGCCCAUCUCUGCCUACUUGUUGCUGCUUGUCUGCCGAUUUGUCUUUAGUGAAUCUGAAUCAACUGCAUUAGAACAAUUUGAAGGUGGCCCUUGUGCAGUGAUUGCACCUGUACAGGCAUUCCUUUUGAAGAGGCUUUUUACCAGUGAAAAGUCUACUUGGAGAGACUGUCCAGAAGACGAACAGAAGAACCUUCUCUGUAAUACAUUAUGUGAUAUUUUGGAAAUGGCUUGCUCUGAUAAUUCUGAGUCGUACUCUCUGGCAAUGUGGAUAAGAGGAAAAACAACUGAAGAAACUGCUAGUAUUUCUGAAAGUCCUGCAGAAUCUAGUCGUCAAGAGGAACAACCUUCUGCCUUGGCUGUCGAAGAGCUUGGCUUUGAGCGAUUUCAUGCAUUAAUUCACAAACGAGCAUUCAAAAGUUUCCCUGAACUGAAGGAUGCAGUUUGGGAUCAAUAUUCAGUGUGGACAAACAGAUUUGGAGUAUUGCUCUUUCUGUAUUCUGUGAUACUGACAAAGGGUAUUGAAAACAUAAAAAAUGAAAUUGAAGAUGCAAGUGAGCCAUUGAUAGAUCCUGUUUACGGUCAUGGAAGCCAAAGUUUGAUUAACCUCCUGUUGACGGGGCAUGCUGUUUCUAAUGUGUGGGAUGGAGACAGAGAAUGUUCAGGAAUGAAACUUCUUGGUAUACAUAAACAGGCAACAGUAGGCUUUUUGACAUUGAUGGAAUCUCUGAGAUAUUGUAAGGUUGGCUCCUAUUUGAAAUCUCCAAAAUUUCCCAUUUGGAUACUUGGCAGUGAAACACACCUCACAGUCUUUUUUGCCAAGGAUAUGGCCCUUGUUGCUCCUGAAGCACCUUCAGAACAAGCCAGAAGGGUUUUCCAGACAUAUGACCCUGAGGAUAAUGGUUUUAUACCUGACACUCUGCUAGAAGACGUAAUGAAGGCUUUGGACCUUGUUUCAGAUCCUGAAUAUGUAAACCUCAUGAAGACCAAAUUAGACCCAGAAGGACUGGGCAUCAUUUUACUGGGUCCCUUUCUGCAAGAAUUUUUCCCUGAGCAGGACUCCAGGGUUUCAGAGUCAUUCACUGUUUACCAUUACAAUGGACUGAAGCAAUCUAACUAUAACGAAAAGGUCAUGUAUGUAGAAGGCACAGCAGUCGUUAUGGGUUUUGAAGAACCAAUGCUACAGACGGAUGACACUCCUGUAAAACGCUGCUUGCAAACCAAAUGGCCAUAUAUAGAAUUACUCUGGAGCACAGAUCGAUCUCCUUCUUUAAACUGAUGUGUUGCGUGUAAGCGACAUCCUGCUGUCGAAUGCUUGAGUGGGGAUACAGGAAUUGGUAUUUGCUUGGAAAGUGGUAUGCUUUGACUGUGUGGAGUUAUACACUGGUAUCAUUGAUGAAUUGUAAAUAAUGAUUACAAACACUUUUUCAGUGUUAAUUGGACUAUUUAAUUUUUUAAUCAGAUUGAUUUCUAUUAUAAUAGUUUGUCUUUUUUGACCACUGUAGUACUGUUAAUGUGAGUUAUCCUAAAAAAAAAAAAAAACCAAAACACCAAAACCUGCUUAUAAAAUCUUAACAUUAUUUUGCCAUCUCAUGAAGAUUUGAAAAAUGUCUGAUACUGCAGAAUCUGCAUAUUAGAUGUCAGAUCUUUAAAACAUAAAACAUAUUCAGCUUUCUCUGAAUCAUAUAGGCAUGUUUUAUUAUUUAAAUUAUAUUGGCUUACAUUACAGUACCAUAAUGUGUGGACUAGACUGGCCUUUGCACUGGAUAUGUUUUAAUGAGUUUAAAUUUUCUGCAGUUUUUCCUAAAAUCUAAUUUUACCUAAAGAGCUUGCACAAUGUGACAUAAAUAUGAUACAUUUUUAGGAAUAUUAAUAAGUAUAAUUCAUAAAUAGUCUUUCUUGGCAGUUGUAUAUUACUGUGGCUUAGUUAUUGGGCAUGUUAAAAGUGAAAAAACUGAGGAAAAAUAGAUGUAUUAAUAUUUAUUUGAAUUUGUAUAAAAGAAAUGUAAAAAACAGCAGAAAGAAUUUCUUGUUCUCUAAUCUUUAAACUAUUCAAACUUAUAAUAUUGCCAAAUACCUCUUCUUAAUUUGUCCAAACAGCAGUGUAAGCCAGCAUUAUUGUAUGUGUUAAGUGCAUGAGAACAUCUGUUAUUACAUUAUUAUAUUCCUUUAUUUAUUAUCAACUUGUUAGCCCUAAAAUAAAAUCUUUUCCUU